GCAAUUGAGGAUAUCUGCAGUAGUUUUUUGAAGUAGUGAAGUUUUCAUCCCUUUUCCACAACAGAAAUCAAAUUUUUUUUGACGGCAUGUAUUCUGUCCGGCUUUUGGGUAUGCUCGCAGUUGGCCUCUUCGUUGCAGAAGGAUUUCGGUUUGGUCUUCAGGAGAAGUGCGCAAAAAUCACUAAUCCAUUUUGCAGCCGUGUACUCCCGUACAACUUGACCCGUUUUCCAAAUAUACUCGGUCAUCAAAGCGAAUUCAUAGCCAACCGAGCCCUUCAGCUUUUUUCUCCACUGGUCAAGCAAGCAAACUGUUCCAAACACGCCGAGUUUUUCCUUUGCUCCUUUUACCUGCCGAUAUGUUUGCCAGGAAUGGAAGAAGAGAACGUUAUAAGGCCUUGCCGUUCCUUGUGCGAGCGAAUCAAGGCGGACUGUUCGGCCGUAACAAAGUACUGGCCGAGCUUUGUAAAAUGCGAAGAGCUACCUCAGUUCAAAGAUGGUGUGUGUAUCCAGCCGGAAUCGUUUAUCACUGAGCCGAAACCAACAAAUAUUGUUGAUUUCACUCCCUGCAAGAGCAGACCUCCAGCUGAUUACAAGAUUUAUGCCAGCGGCCAGUAUGACUAUGCCAUAAAAUUCAAAGCAAUUUUGAUAGAAAAACGUAUGAAUCAAGAGACGAUAAUCCAUGGAAAAGCCGCCAGAGUUUACAAGCAAGGUAAUGUUCCAAUCCAGAGAGGGCGUGUGGAGAUCUGGAGCAACACCAAUUCAACUUGCCGUUCCCUGAGGGUAGGGCGGACAUUCCUGAUCAGCGGACACGAGGACACUCUUAGAAAAAUACUGCUUCUGUCCUCCGAUAGCUUGAUAGAAGCCUGGAGCGGAGAGACAAUGCGAAAAAUGAGAAAGUGGCUUAGAAUUGAGAGCAAACUUGCCAUGCAGGAAAGUAGAAACAGUGUGCCAAACAAAGAGAUUAGAGAAAAACUGUGAAUCUGCAAAACUUGUUAAGAAGAAAAUAUUCAAAGUUGUAUUCAGUCUUAGACUCAAACGUACUAUUUAAAGUAACUUUAACCAAGAGAGGAUCCUUUCUUGCUCAAAUCAAAUAGCUGAGAGGGUUAAUCCACUCGUAGUUCAUUUCAAUAGGUGAAUUGAAAACAAAACAACAACAACAAAAAAAAAAACAACAACAACAACUUCUGGCUGCGAGGUAAAAUCCUUCACUGACUUUCUUAUUUUUCAUUCAUUCAGUUCCAUGUCGUGGCUAAAACUCAGUCAUCUUCUGUCUCCGAAGUCCUAUUUCUCAGAAAUUGAUCUUUAAAAUUGCUGCUUUAGAACUCAUACAGUCAGUAGUGCGUUUUUAGUCACCAGGUUUCGAAUUUCUGGCCACCCUUUCUGUGAAGUGCUUUCAGCGGGCGCGUAAUCGCGGGUUUUUGUAAGCCUGGAUAGUAAAGUUGUCCAAACGAAAAAACAAUUAUCUCGCAAGACUCAUCCCUUAGUUCCUUUAGUUGUUUUUUUCUAUGGCCGUUGCGAAUUCCUUCUGCACUUGUCUUCGGUCAGAGUUUUCCUUUUGCUUUCAGAACGCAAACGACAUUGAUCACACACUUCAAAUUCCUGUCAAUUCUGCCUCAGUCCUCUUCAGUUCGUCCUAAUGUGCAACUGAAGAGUCAGUCUUAGAAAGCAAGACGGAGACGAACGAAGUUUCGUUUGUUUCUUAGUUUAAUUACCUCACAUUGGAUUUAUGGGGCGAGAAUUCGACUGAUCUGUAUUAGGCUCUAGAUCAGUCAGUUUAAACAGGCGAAAAAGUCGGGCUCAGGAGAUAGGGCGCUCGCGCUAUAAGCAGGCCUCCUUCACUACUAUUCUCUCGUCUGGCAUGUCACAGAAGUUUGUUUGAGAGACUGUUUGCGCGACAUUCCAGAUAACGGCGACGACGUAGACUAGAAGGAGAGCGUGAAGACAAAUGGUCGGAAAAAUAGGAGGAAGCUGUCUUUUCCUAGACAAAAGAAAUCGCCGCUAGUUGCUCGCUUGAUUGUGUGAUUUCCUGUCUCGGGUCAACUAUUUAUGAGCGUACGUCUUUCAGAGGACGACUUCUUGGCGACAAUUAAUCACUAAGUUCCGUUCUCUCUAUCAGUUUGCAUUCAGCGCUAAUCGAUUGUAGAAAAAAGCCCCAAACUUCAAAAACUUCCAGUGAAUUGAUUCCUUUUUUAUCGCAAAAAAAGACUUAAAUCAGUUGUCUCAGGUGAUCACACAUUAAAUCACAAUAGAUUCAGACAACUCGAUCAUAUGCUUAACCAUUUCUGAGGAAACAUAAUUUAAUAUAAAUAAAAGAAUAGUACACUGGUCUUACUGUUUAUAAAGCUUUCAUAGACUACUUCACUUUGCUCGGAAAUAACAAUAUACUAAUCCUACAAGUUAUUUUGUUUUCAUUUCAAUUUCUUAAACAAGGAAGUUCUUGUUAAUAGGAAGUUGAAGUUAAAUCCAGGAAGACCGUUACCACACUGCAUCGGCAGCAGCGAACCAGGCUCGUGCUACAAAUAGGACAAUCUCUAAAAUGGUGAAAAUAAAUAUUGCUUUUAUACCUUGAAGCUGCUAAGGAAAUUUAAACCAACAGCUAGAUUAGCGCCCUGGGUUUAGUAAUUGGUUCAAUAUAGUCCGAGUAUUGUGUACUGAUACAGGAAUUUGUUAUCCGCUGUAUCAUUACCGUAAUACAAAGAAGAAUUGAGGAUGGCAAAGGAUUUAUACGUGACGCGUGAUUAAUGCCAAAAAUAAUAUGUGACGCGUGAACUCAACAUUAUUAAUAAGGCGAACACGACGUUCGUGAAUUCAUGAACCAG